AGGGUUUCAGAUCCUUUGUAUGGACUGCCGUUUCCUAUCACCUGAAAGACAGGCUUAAGUUGUCACCCUCGGCCUCCCAAUUUGUAUCUUCAGUAGCGUUUUUCCCAUGGAGCAUAAAACCAUUAUACGGGAACUCUAUCUUGCUUUUCAUAGCAAUGUUAUGAAAGUUGCAACCUUUCCAGCACACAGAUUUAUAUUGAAACAUCAGGCAUGGUGUCGCUUCUCAUGACUUUCUCAUUAUCAUAGUUGUUAAAACUAAUGAAUGCUAAAGAAACAACAACGAUUCAUUUUGAAAUGCAUAUAUAUAUAAAUAAAACUAAAAAUUAUAGCAUGAUCAUUUAGCAACAACAAAAUUCACAUAUGAAAUUUGUCUUUGCAUAUUGUCAUAUAUGUUUUUAAUUCCUCAUGGUACUUUAGAAAUCCCUCCCUUUCUUUAUGAGUUAUUUUACACUUCUAUUUAUUGGAUUGUUCUUUUUUCACGUGUUCUGUAGAAUUUUGUCAGACUGCUUUCCUAUCAAGGGAAGAAAAAGGAUACCCUACCUAGUAAUUGCAACUGUUCUUUCUCUAGUGCCAUGGCCUGUUCUAGGCUUAAAUGCAUUCUUCAGAAGUUCCAGAUGGCACAUUAGUGUCUUAUUGACAGUGCAAAACUUGGGCUCUGCUAUGGCAGAUGUUGUGGUGGACGCAAUGAUUGCUGAGGCAGUAAGGUUUGAGAUGGCCUCAUUUGCGGGAGAUCUCCAGUCGAUAUCUUGGUUAUCUAUGGCAUUGGGUGGAAUAUGUGGCAGUUUGUUAGGAGGAUAUGCAUUGACCAACAUACAGAUAGAAACAAUUUUCCUCCUUUUUUCAGUGCUGCCAGCCAUACAGUUAUUAUCAUGUGGUUUGGUUAAGGAGAAUCAUAUAGGCAGUAAAGGUUUGGCCGAGUUUGAUAAUUCUGUAAGCAGCUCCCAUAAAGAGAAAGAGAAUGCUAUUAUUUUGGAUGAAGAUAGAUUCUCAUUAAAGAAAUCUAAUAGGAGUGCAUCGAGAAGAAAGAAUAGCCAAAAGCAUAAAACAAGGAGGACAGCAAUUAGUGCUAAAUCACAGAUCUCUGAUAAGGAAAGUUACUUAGCUCUGAAUUGGUUACACUCUCUAAAAGCAGCCACUUACAGUUUAAUAGAAGCUUUUAGGCAGCCAAUCAUUCUGAGACCAAUGACUUGGUUUUUCCUAGCACACAUCACUGUUCCAAACCUCUCAACAGUCAUGUUCUACUACCAGACUGAGUACUUGAACUUGAAUGCAUCCUUUUUGGGGACUGUCCGUGUUGUUGGAUGGUUGGGCCUCAUGCUUGGUACCUUCGCUUACAAUCGCUAUCUAAAGAGUAUGAAAUUGCGGAAGAUUCUCCUGUCAGCUCAUAUUGGGUUGUCCUUAAUGAGCGUCCUAGAUAUGAUCUUAGUGUCUCGAAUCAGCCUUGCCUAUGGAAUUUCAGAUAAGAUCAUGGUGCUUUGUGGAUCUGCCCUGGCUGACGCUAUUAACCAAUUCAAGUUGAUGCCGUUCCUCAUUUUAUCCGGCCAGUUAUGCCCUCCAGGAAUUGAAGGAACUUUAUUUGCACUCUUUAUGUCAAUAAACAACUUGGGUUCAACGCUGGGAUCAUUCGCUGGUGCUGCACUGGCUUCAUUUUUGAACCUAUCAUCUGGAUCUUUUGACAACCUGCUAUUGGGCAUUGCCAUCCAAGUCUUCUGCACCUAUAUUCCAGUUGUCCUUCUAUUUUUGAUACCAAAACAUGCUACAGGGAUAUCAACAUAGUUUGGAAUUCAUUCUCAAUAUAGAAUUAGAAUACAAUUAUCUAGCAACACAAAAAUGGAUAGGAUUUCUUUCGCUGAUUUUUUUUGGCUGACUAGCGGCUGAGACACACAGAUAUGCACUCUGAAAUCAGGAGAUGUUGCUAAUUGAUAUAUACUUUGUCAUUGUAGAUCUUUGGCUAAAGCAUAUACAAUGUGAAAUACAGAAUGU